GUGCAGUUUGCUUGCCCAGUCUGGCUGCUGCGUUCAGCUCUGCAUUCCGAUGGAAUUACUUUAUCGCAGUGGAAUACACGUCCCUAAUUUAUGCGAUUGUGUUGCAAAGUCAGACUGUGUUCGGUAAGUGGCUUCAUCAAGGCUCAUCAAGUCAGAUUCAUCCAUUUUCACGAAUGCCUCUGACACCGCUGCAGCCUCGGACAACGCCACGAACAAACGGGUUUGCACAUCUCCGGCAGUCUGUUGUUCUGCAUCACGAACAACGAAGGAGGCACCUACUAGUGGUAACUCCGUACAACAAUCGAGAAAUGCAAACGUUAUGGAGCAGAUGAAGAUGAGCUUAAAGAUUAAUAAAGCAUGGUUUCUCAGGCUGUUGCUGGUGCUGAUACCGUUCUUUUGCUAUUUCUUCACCCAGGAUAUGUUCUUGCAAAGCCAGAUCAGUAGCCAUAACAAGGUGCUGUGCGAGAGCAAGUACGCAGCAAAGAAACUCAGCGCUCUGGAAGCAAAUUUCACGAUAAAUACCCAGCUGUUUUUGAAACUGGAAGAUUUCUUCUGGAGAAAGUUCCCUUCUGGCUUGGCAUUGCCGUACGGGAUCAACGGCAGUGAACUGACCGUACUAAAAGUUUUAGCUUUUAUUGCUAAAUACGAGAUGCCAGAACAGAUUCAGAGGUUAACCUGUCGAACGUGUGCUGUGAUAGGGAACGGCUUCACCCUGAGGAACAGCUCCCUGGGAGGCACCAUCAACAAAUACGAUGUUGUGAUCAGGUUGAAUGAUGCGCCAGUCAGGGGCUUCGAGCAGGACGUGGGUAACAAGACCACGAUAAGGCUGUUCUACCCUGAAUCCGCGUCGAUGAAAUCCGUGGAUGAGAACAACCCAGACACCCUCAUGGUCCUCGUGCCCUUCAAGCCUAUCGACAUCAGCUGGCUCAAGGAGAUCCUAUUUGAUAUGAAGAGGAUCACUAAGGGAUUUUGGAAGCCUGUGCCCCAGAUUUGGGUGGGGAACGUGGGCCAGAUCCGCAUCCUGCACCCCCACUACCUGCGUGAGACGGCGGUCAAGCUCCUCCACAUUCCGCUCAAGCUGCCGCCAAAGAGCAAGCAGAAACCAGUCCACCCGACCACUGGGAUCCUAGCUGUGCUCAUGGCCCUGAACUACUGUGACGUUGUUCACAUCGCGGGGUUCGGGUACCCCAAGACUGCAGACUACAGACUGCCUAUCCACUACUAUGGUAGCAAUACCAUGAAAUCUAUGAAGGAUUCUUUUCAUGACCUCACAAAUGAAGCGCUGGCUUUGAGGAAGUUGGAAGAAGUUGGAGCAAUUCAUUAUCUUCACCCCCAUUCCUGACACCAUCCCUUUUAAAAAACAGCAAUAAUAAUAAUAAUAAUUAUUAUUAUUAUUAUUAUUAUUAUUAUUAUUAUUAUUAUUAUUAUUAUUCACGUUGAAGCAGCUGCCAAUCGGAGCUUUCUGGAAUUGUGGAGAUUUGUUUUUUUUUUAAAUUUUUUUUGUAUGUUAUAUAAAUGAAUUAGUCUAAGAGAUUUUGAAAUGAGGAUGACUUGUGAGAAUUGGCCAAACUUUGCCACGAUUGCCAGCAAAAACUUUUUGUUUGUUUUGUGUGUGUGUGUGUGUCCCAGCUAAAUAUUUGAUUUUAUUUAUUUUAACCCUAUUAUUUUAUUAUUAAAAGCUGGCUAUUGAAUUCCUGUGCCUAAGACUAGGUGAUGGGGGGCAUAAUUUCAAACAGACAAACCAAACCAAAAAGAAAAUCUGCAAAAAAUAUUUCAUUGGCAUGUGAUAAUGCAACACAGUGAAACUUUGCAGAGAGUAUGUCUGAGAGACUACAGCACCCGGUUACUGAAAGCACCCAUCACUGCGGGCAGCAUUCUGUAUCGGGGGUGGGCUGCAAUGUUCUUUCUGGGAGAAUGUCAGGAAUACAUAAUGAUGCAUAAAUAAUUGUAGCCAUAGUAAUUCAAACACGCUGCUACCAGGAAACCGGACAUGUUUUACUAAGUGGUUUUGCAGUUACUGGGGCUUGUGAAAGCAGAAGAGAACGUUGAUGCACAGGAAGGAAGGGUGAGCUGUCAGGGCUGGAACCACAAGGGAAUAUCUCAAAGAAAUGCGUCUCGACGUGUUCCAGAAGGUGGACGUUGGCUGCUCUUGUGUAGAGUUUCCUGCUAAACAGCUAGCUUAAAAAACUCAAACCAGGCUUUAAGAUGACCCAGGAGGGGUUAACUGUUAAUGCCUUUUGUUUCAAUCGUUUAGCUGAUAUAUUUGAAACCAGUUUGGAAGCAGUGUGUGGAAAUGCACUAAAUAAAUCAACAGUGAACCAGUGCAAUGCUUCAUGCCUCAGCAAAGGAUUUAUUCACUCUCAAAGUAGUUCAUCAGCAGCCAGCAAAACAGCCUAAAAAAAGGAAAAACAACAAUUCUGAUCACUGUGGACAGUGCUGGAGAGGAGGCUCCAGAGAGUUCAAAAUUAAACUGGAACCCAUGCUAACAGAAGGCUUUCUCAUUCUUUGUGCAAAAGAUGUACCAUUACUACUGUAUAUUUUCAAUAUUGCAGAUUUUUCCGGUUUAAAAUGUACAUUUCGAUUUGUUUUAAAUUGUAUAAUUGUAAAGGUGUUUUUUUUUUUUUUUUUUUGUUAUUGUCAGCAACUAACAGGCUGGGAAUGAAACGCCAGCUGAAUGUAAAAGGGGCACAAAAAAUCGUUGCCCUUAAAUUCACUACAAAAUCUAUAUUUGGGUUUGCAUGCGGCUGUAUAAUGUGCUCGUAUUUGAAGUCACCUACCCCUCUCAAAGCCUCUGUUCCAGAAGACUCAAACUCAGAUGAUAUUGAAUGCUGCUAAAUCUCUCAACUAAUUGUACUGGUGGUAGUAUUAGUUAGAACACUAGAGUAGUAAGGUAGUGGCAGCAUGCAAUAUGAAGGUGUGCAGUAUAAAAAGUACCCAUUUAUUACCAUUGCUUUGUUCUACAUGGCUGGCUGUGCAGAAGUUAAAUUUAGACUUUUGCAGUUAAAAAAAUGUGAGUAACUUAUCAUAACCAGUAGAGUUAGAGGAAAUUCAAUGAACAGGCAGAUGCUAGUUAAAAAUGUUUGAAAAAAAAUUACAAAUUAGCCUGUCCUCAAAUAAGAACGAUGGGUCUUAUGGGUUGAGAAGUCUGGAAUACUCAGGUCCCAUUGUCCCUUGCACAAAAUUCAUCUUAAAAAAAAAUAAUAACAAUUGCAGUACAAAAUGAUGCCUGGGAGGGGCACUAGAGGGCAUUGCCCAGCUAGUUUCAACCGCUCCUAGUUUGUUCCUCUGCGAUCCUUAAUAAAUCAUUUGUUUAUAGUAGAAAUUGCAGAGCUUUUUAGUGCAUUGUGGUCAACUUUAUAUUUCUGUGACAUGUGCCUGCUUCAAUAUUUAUCCAUGUAUUUUCCAUUUGCAAUGCAUGGAAUAUCCUUUCCAGAGUAACCUCCCUUCUACGGUCGCUUUCCACAUAGAUAACCGCUGUACAUUCAGCAUAUAGGGGCGGGGCUUCUGGGGCGUGAAUUGAGCAGUUGAAA